AUGUUAUCAGCAAUUGCAGCGGUUGUGUUUCUUGGUAAGAAGGAUAUCGCAUCUCAGCAGAGGCAGUCAAUUAACUUGCUGCCAAAAGAACUCUAUCUCUCUUUCACCCCCUCUUCGCGCCCCGUUUACGCGUCCGUUGACCCCGAAGGCCUCCCGGAUAUCUACCAUACUUUUCUUGAGCGACCGUUACAGCCAAUACUCUCUCGUGACCAUCGCGAGGAAUACUCAAAGAGCUCGCUAACGGUCGCACUUCGCUACGGUGAGCCAGUCAGCGAAUCAUCCAACGCUUUGUCUCAGUCGAGCGGGGACACAGCGCGAGUCGCGACAGAGUCCACUCGUACGCACGAAGCAGAGUCGCCCGAGGAGGCUGGUCUUCACUCCGCUGUCCGUUUCCAGCUUGAGUCACCAAUGGCUACAAUCUCAAGCAGUUACAGCGAGUGGUUAAUUUGUCUUAGAUGCGAAGACAUGCUGGAGAAGGUUAACUUACUUUUGUGUCUCGGCAGGCUGGUCAGAUUUGUUGUUCGCGUCUCUCAGCUCCCUGCCUCAGGAUAUCAAGUCAAGUCUGCCGUUGGACUAGUCGUCGCCUGUACACCUUGA